GGAGCGCUACAGCUACAAUAGAGGGAGUGGGCGCCAAGUAAACUUCCGAUCAUAUGGCCUUGCAAAACUACAGCUUACUUAAUAUUUCCUAUCUGAAACAAGUUAUCACAGAAACAUUGUUUAUGCCUGGAUCGUUUAUUUACUAACAGAAGCAAGCCCCUGGCAGGAAGGUCUGCCGACAUGUUUGUGGCUCGUAGUAUUGCAGCCGAUCACAAGGAUCUCAUCCACGAUGUAUCCUUUGAUUUCCAUGGGAGGCGGAUGGCGACGUGCUCCAGUGACCAAAGUGUUAAGGUCUGGGAUAAGAGUGAGAGCGGGGAGUGGCACUGUACUGCCAGUUGGAAGACACACAGUGGUUCAGUUUGGCGGGUGACAUGGGCACAUCCUGAAUUCGGACAGGUUUUAGCAUCAUGCUCUUUUGACAGAACAGCGGCUGUUUGGGAGGAGAUAGUAGGGGAAUCAAAUGACAAGUUGAGAGGACAGAGCCACUGGGUAAAAAGAACCACCCUUGUGGAUAGCAGAACAUCUGUUACAGAUGUGAAAUUUGCUCCAAAACACAUGGGUCUUAUGCUUGCCACUUGCUCUGCUGAUGGUGUUGUAAGGAUCUAUGAGGCCCCAGAUGUCAUGAAUCUUAGUCAGUGGUCAUUGCAGCAUGAAAUCUCUUGUAAACUCAGCUGCAGUUGUAUUUCAUGGAACCCUUCAAGCUCUCAUGCACACUCCCCCAUGAUCGCUGUUGGAAGCGAUGAUAGUGGACAAAAUGUUUCUGGCAAAGUUCAAAUAUUUGAAUAUAAUGAAAAUACCAGAAAAUACGGUAAAGCAGAGACUCUUGUAACAGUUACAGAUGCUGUGCAUGAUAUUUCAUUUGCUCCAAAUCUAGGAAGGUCCUUCCAUAUUCUAGCAGUGGCAACAAAAGAUGUUAAAAUCUUCACACUAAAACCCCUUAGGAAAGAUGUUGGUUCCUCAGGAGGACCAACGAAGUUUGACAUACAAACAGUCGCUCAGUUUGAUAAUCACAACUCCCAGGUGUGGCGAGUCAGUUGGAAUAUCACUGGUACAGUUCUGGCAUCUUCUGGUGAUGAUGGCUGUGUCCGACUUUGGAAAGCAAAUUACAUGGACAACUGGAAGUGCAUAGGCAUCUUGAAAGGUGAUGGAAGUCCUGCUAAUAACAGCUCUGGUCAACAGGGAGGAAUUAUUAUGCCAUCCAAUCAGAAUGUACAGAGUUCUGUUAAUGGAGCAUCUGCUGGAAGCAGAAGGAGAGCACAGCUGAUACCAAGCUAACUGGAGUAACUUUGCUGUUUUGCUGCUUGUUGCAUGCACACAGGAAUGGAAAGUGAACUGUUUUCCCCUUCCCCAGCGUCGUUGAGCCUCUCCCAAGACACCAGCAUCCUGCUUAUUGUCACUAAUUAUAAUUCUUUGAAAGAUCUAUAUAAAUAUGCAAAUAUAUUUAUAUGAUAUUCAUAAUAUGCAUUGCAAUAUGUGUAUACUUUUUUGUAAUAGUCAGCAGUUUAAUGGCAUCUGGUAUUGAAGGGAAGAUGACCUUUGAAGAGCGGAAUCUUUUACUUAAAUUAUACUCCAAAAUGCAGAACUUGUACUGUGUAACUAAAAGGUGUAACAACCUUGUAUCUUUUUUUUUUUUUUUUUGUCUGGGUGAUAUAAACUUGAGGUGCAGGCACAAGUUACUGGUGGUCAGUAGACUGAUCAGGGAGUGGUCAGUGGUGGAAAUGACUACUUUGGGUAGCCUGUCCCUUCUUGAGAGGGUGUCCUCUUUCCUUUUUGUCUGUAGUUGCAUUUUGCAAAUUGAUUGAUUAGUAAUAACACUUUGGAGGGCACAGUGUGUUUCACAGUUUGCUCUUGCUUUAUAAUUAUUCUUUAACAUGAAUUACAUCUUCAUGCCUUCAAUCCCCACCAGUUUUUGUACUGAAAAGUGAGCUUUUAAUGUUUACUGCCUUGCCCUGGUUUUGUAUCAGUUUGAGUACAUGUUCUGCAGUUUAGCAUCUGAAGCCCUGUGUUUUUUUUUUUUUGGUGGAGUGUUUUAAAUUACCAUUGAAAUGAUUAUUACUUACAGAGUCUAUCUGACAUUAAUAGUACCAGGCUUUUCUUGUUACAGAAAUAAUCACUGACAGUAUAGCUUCUUGAAGUUAGUAAUACCAGGCUUUUCUUGUUA